ACAUCUAAUAGUGGUUGAGUCCAACAGAAUAGGUCAGUAUCUCAUGCAGAUCAAUGUUUGAAUUUCAAUCAAUAUAGGUGUCGAUUUUACCUUCAAUAUUCAAUAGUGUUUCGAACAAUAAUGACACAAAUUAAAUAUUUUGUUUACUAUAAUUUUAAAAAAUUUCUAUAAAGGGACUCAAAACAUUUAAAAAGGUACAACUGUACAAGUUGGAUCCAGGAAAAAUCCAAUUCAAUUUAAUACUAUAUACUGAUUCGGGCAUUUUCUGGUACACUAAACCUUUAAGAAGAAAUAUAUUAGAAGCAUCCAUAAAUAAAGAAAAAAAGUUCUUUACAAUUUAGAAUUUGUGAGAUUUGUAUUCCAAAAUCAAAGAAAGAUGCCUCGUGGAACACUUGAAGUUGUUUUGAUCAGUGCCAAAGGCCUUGAGGACAAUGAUUUUCUCUCUAGCAUAGAUCCUUAUGUGAUUCUUACUUAUAAGUCACAAGAGCACAAGAGUAGUGUGCAAGAAGGUGCUGGAUCUAACCCUCAAUGGAAUGAGACUUUUCUUUUCACUGUUUCUGACAGUGCUUCUGAGCUCAAUCUAAAGAUAAUGGAAAAGGACAACUUUACUAAUGAUGAUAAUAUUGGAGAAGUAGUAAUUCAUUUAGAUGCCGUGCUUGAAGAGGGUAGCCUUCCAGAGACUACCUACAAUAUUGUGAAGGACCAAAAGUUUUGUGGUGAGAUUAAGGUUGCUCUCACUUUUACUGCUGAGAGAAAUAUUGAACGGAGUUACAAUGCUGAUGAUGAAAUCAUUGGUGGAUGGCAACAAUCAGCUAGAGAUUAUUGAAGUGAAUGAAGGAUUUACAUAUUUUCAAGAUCCAAAAUCUACCAAGUCCAUUUUAGAAUUUUAAUUGAUCAAUGUGUUUUCUGGUGUGAUGAUCUCAUAGUGUUCUGUUUUGUUUUUCAUCCCUUUUGAUGUAAACUACAUUUUGCUCAACAUAAUAUUUUAUGCACUAGUUUAA